AUGGCAUGCAUGUGGCUUUCAACAGUUACUGGAGGAAUACUGGCACUGUUUGUCUCUAUGAAGAUUUUUUUCCCAUAUUUCUGGGAGGAUCUGGUCUUCUUCUUGAAGCGGAAGAGGUUAAAAUCAAUGAUAAAGAAACGGGCAAAAAAUGGAAUUCUGUCAGUAAUUGAUCUUUUCAUGCAUAGAGUGGGAAAGAUACCCCACAAGCCAUUCCUCAUCUAUGAAGGGAAUGUGCAUACCUACGAGGAUGUGGACAGGAGGAGUAACAGGGUAGCGCAGGUCUUCCUACACUAUGGGGCUCUGAAAAAAGGUGAUACUGUGGCCCUGCUGAUGGGUAAUGGACCUGACUUCAUUCAUGUGUGGUUUGGACUGGCAAAACUGGGCUGUGUGGUGGCUUUCCUCAACUUCAAUGUCCGAUCCAGAUCUCUCCUGCACUGUUGUAAUAUAUGUGCAGCAAAAGCAGUGGUGAUAGGAGAAGAUUGUUUGGGAUCAAUAGAGACUGAGUUUAUCUUUCAUCUCUUGGAAAACAAUGUUAAUGUCUGGCUGAUGAGCACCAGUUCUCCUUUCCAGCAUGUUGGCACUAUCUUGGACAAGCUAGACAAGGUCCCUGAUCACCCUGUUCCGUCUCACCUUAGAGCUGUCAAUAACGGAAGAUGCACAGCCAUGUGUAUUUUCACAUCAGGAAGUACAGGUUUUCCAAAAGCUGCUAUCAUCACUCAUCUAAGAGCCCUAUCUGCCUGUUUAGCAUUUAUUCAGUGUGGAGCAACUUCUCAGGAUAUUAUGUAUCUCACUCUUCCUUUGUACCACAUCAGUGCAUCUCUUCUUGGCAUUGGUGGAUGCAUUGAAUUAGGAGCAACUUGUGUUUUGAAGAAGAAAUUUUCUGCAAGCCAGUUUUGGAAUGACUGUAGAAAAUACAAUGUGACAAUGUUUUUGUACAUUGGGGAACUCUGUCGUUACCUUUGUAACCAGCCCAGUAAAGAAGGGGACAGAGUUCACAAAGUACACAUUGCUCUAGGAAAUGGUAUAAGACCUGCUGUCUGGAAAGAAUUCCUGAUGAGGUUUGGCCCAAUUAAAAUAUUUGAAUUCUAUGGAUCCACAGAAGGAAAUGUUGGUUUCUUUAACUAUACAAAUAAGAUAGGAGCUGUGGGACGUGCUGGCAUCUUCUCAAAGUUCCUACAUUCUUUUGAGUUGUUGAAAUAUGAUAUCUCAAAAGAAGAACUUAUGAAGGACGAACAUGGAAGGUGUAAGAAAGCACGAAUAGGUGAACCUGGUCUUCUAGUUACCCUAGUUAACGAGGAAGCCCCAUUUUCUGGAUAUGUUGGAAACAAUGAGGCCUCUGAGAAGAAACUCCUACAUAACGUGUUUGUGAAAGGAGAUGUGUAUUUUAAUACAGGAGAUCUCCUAGUGAUGGAUGGGAAUGGCUUCCUCUACUUCACUGACCGAGUGGGAGACACUUUCAGGUGGAAAGGAGAAAAUGUUGCCACUGUAGAAGUUGCUGAAGUUAUCGGUAUGAUGGACUUCAUUCAAGAAGCUAAUGUUUACGGUGUAAACAUUAAAAACUGUGAAGGAAGAAUAGGGAUGGCAGCUGUUGUUCUUAAACCUGACCAAGCCUUUGAUGGAGAAAGACUUUAUAAGCAUCUUGUGGAUUUUCUUCCAAGUUAUGCCCGCCCACGCUUUGUGAGAAUCAUGGAUGCUAUGCAAAUUACACCAACUUUUAAGCAUCAGAAAAUGCAUUUGGUGAAUGAAGGAUUUAAUCCAGAAAUUAUAUCUGAACCUUUGUAUUUCUUGCAUGAACCUUCAUGUUCCUAUAUUCCUUUGACAAGCGAGAUAUACAAGAAUGUGGCUUCUGGUGAAAUAUGUUUGUAA